AGAAGAAUUUGUCUUGUUUAUGAUAUGCGUUUUAGCAGUUUAUUCUCACGACAAUUUAGCUCUCAAACAUCACCUCUCUCAUCGUUUUACGGAAGAACCGAAUGAAGUCUUAGAUUGCUUUGGAAAAAAAAAUGUAAACUUCAAUGACAACGAAAUUUUGAAUUUUCGGCGGCAUAUGAUUUGCAAAGCUUUCUUGAAAACCUUACUUGUUUUAUGUUGGCAUGUUACUACUUUAAUACUAUUCAACUGCACAGCGUCUUACUUUUUAGGCUUUCCGCAGGUUUGGCAACAAGUUCUCCAUGCAGAUGUUCAAAACCAUCUUCUAGAAACGACAGAACAACUUCGCUCCUUGUGUUCAUCUACUGAAGAAAAUUCAGGUGCUCUACUUGAAGUUGCCUUGACAAGGCAACAAGAAUUGGCACAACAAGCUCUGCGAAGAAACCUGUCUAUACCUCUUCUAAUUUAUACACAAAGUAGUUCUGGAUGGGGAAAUAACAUAUUGGGAUUGAUUUCCACUCUACUCUUGGCAAUGGUAACAAAGAGAGCUUUGUUCGUGCACUUCCAUCCAGUCAAGUUGGAAAAUAUAAUACAAGACAAAUGGGGUGUAUUUCCUGACUUAUCUUUACUGGCAACGAGUAGAAACAUGUCAUUAGAAAAGCUAAUGAAGAAUCAAGUUUACUCCAUUCAUGCAAGCGAACAUGACCAAAUCUGGCUGCCAUUUACAAAACAAAUGGAAAGGGCUUAUUUGAAUAUUUUAAGGUUUCAUACAGACUCCAUUUCCUUUUCAAAUGUAGUCUUGCAGAGUAACCAAUUCUUUGCACCCUUGCUCUACAUUCGAAAAGACUAUAACUACCAACUUUGUAGAAUACUUGGUAGGUUUAUCUCUAAAAUAUUACAAAAUAGUGCAAACUUUCGUCCCCAAACAGGUAAUCGUCCAUUCUAUUCGAUAGCGAACAAAGUACUGCAAUUCACUCCAGAGAUUAAAAGAGCUGCAUUGGUAUUUAUGCAAGAGAUGCAGUUCCAUAAAAAGCUGGUUAUCGGUAAGGGGAUAUCUUCCAUUUCAGCUAUAUCUUACCCUUGCAAGGCAUGCAAAUUAGGCUAAGAAAUAAUGCUCCUCGCUGGAAAAAACUGAACAGUCUAGAUCGACUACGAUCAACUGUGCAAUGUGCGGCAAAUGUAGCCCUGCAACAGACAAGUCUUAAACCCGUUGUUCUCUUCAUAGCAAGUGACGAUACAGACAAUCUAAGCCAUAUUAGAAAGAUGACUUGUCUCGAAAUAGCUACUUUCGACUCUAGAAGAGCAAAUCGGUAUUUCUUAAAUGAUUCAACUCAGAUUAGGGCAGCAAAACACGCCUUUGUCGAUAUUUUCUUACUUUCUCAAACAGAUCAGAUGGUUUCAAGUUGGGGUUCCACUUUCGGAUAUUUGGCACAUGGAAUUUCAGGUGAGGGUGAUUCUUGUUAACAUUUUCUUUACAGUAUUAUUUUUCGUGAAAAUAGGGCGACCGCCAUUCAGUGUAGAUCUUCAAGGACGAUGCUCCAGGUUGCUUUCCUCGGAACCUACAAUGCAUCACUUUUAUCGUGUAGACAACUUAAGAUUAACUCAAAAACCAUAUUCCUGCUCAAUAAUAGAGUGGAUAAAUAUGAACCACAAAGCACGUGUCAUCCCUUGAAA